GACACGUUGUACAACCACUCCACUUGGCAGCACGUGUCAUAUGUAGGGUAGGUAUGAGUCUGUAGUUGUUUAUCUGUUGUCCUAUUUGUCCUUUUUUACCCCUCUUUUCCCUCAUUCUUCAAAAAGAUCCCCAAGCAGAACAAUGUCACAAGUGGUCAUCGAUUUGCACCAGCAUGCUUUCAAUCCGAGUAUCGAAGCAGAGUCAGUUGGAGUCGCUUUAGGCCAGUUCCUUGCAGAGAACGGCUUGAAGUACCUAUCUCUUCGGAUGCAUGGAAAGAUUGCUUUUGUCGAAUUUGACGAUUCAGAGAAUGCAAAAAGGGCUGUUCAGGACCUAAAUGAAGCAAUAUUCAUGGACUUCCCAAUCACAGUCAACUUUCCAAGAGGACAAAGGUCAGGUAGAGAGCCCUUUAUGGACAGAGCAGAUCAAGGUGAACGGGACCGAGGGAUAAGGGGAAGAAGACCCUACAGAAGAAGCAACCCCAGAAACACCCCUCCAUACCAACAGCAAUAUCAUCAACAGCAUCAGCAGCAACAGCAACUUGAACAGUACCCUUGCCGAAUUCUCAUUCCAACAAAGAUGAUUAAAGUAGUGCUUGGUAAAGGAGGCUCUACAAUCCACGAAAUUCAAGAGAAUACCAACACAAAAAUAGACGUGCACAGAGAAAAGAAUAAGGGAUCUGAAGAUACAAUAACUACAAUCAAAGGUAGCCCUGCAAACUUUUCAGAAGCAUGUAGCCAAAUAAUGAAAGCAAUUGUAGAAGAGAUGCAUAAGACAGGACAAGAUGAAAAGCCACCUCAGCUCAAGAUCCUUGCACACGAUUCCUUAUGUGGUCGCCUAAUAGGAAGGAGUGGCGCUAAUUUGAAACGCAUACAAGAUUCUACUGGUGCAAAAGUAGUUAUUUCUAAUACAAUGUUCGAGGAAUUCAGCCCAUUCUCCUAUUCCGUUGAACCUUUAUUCAGCAAUGAAAGAGUAAUAACUGUCGAAGGAAAUUUAGAUAAUAUUUAUGAAGCAGAGAAAGAAAUCAGUAAGAAAUUGAGACAUUGCAUGGAAAGAGACAUGAGAACUUUAAUGUCGAACACUCCCUAUCCACAAGGUGGCAUGGGCCUCUUGAACACAAUGCCUUACAGUCCUUCAGGAUCAAAUUAUGCAUACAUGGGCCAGAUGCCUGGAAUGAGCCCCAUGUUUCAAGGUUCGCCUGGAAUCCUCAAUGGCUAUCCUGGAGCACUUGGACCAGGGGGUUCACCUUAUCAGAUGCCCAGCGGUUAUUAUGGCCCACGAAGCAACGUGGGCGAGCAGGUCACAAUAUCAAUUCCCACUCGAGCAGUAGGAGCCAUUAUUGGUAAAAGAGGUAGUCAUAUAAAUAAUAUGAAAAUGUAUAGUCAAGCGCAGGUCCGGGUUAUUAAAGGAGAGGAAGGAGGGGAAAGCAAAGUUGAAAUCAAUGGACCCCCAGAAGCAAUAUGGAAGGCCUCCUUGUGCGUUUUCAGCAAAAUAAAGGAAGGUUUAAGAAGUAGCUUGUAUGAUGCUGAGCUAAAAACGGAAUUGUUAGUUCCUGGAAAUUGCCUAGGACGAAUCAUUGGGAAGAAAGGUUCAGUGGUUCUUAGCAUUCAGGAUGGUUCUGGAACAGAAAUUGAAGUGCCAAAGGACAAGCAAGGUGGAGCCAAGGCACCAAUUUACAUCAAAGGAACAUUUAGUGGAACUCAAGCAGCAUUGGGCCGCAUCCGAGGUAUAGUGGCACGCGUACAGCAGCAAGAUGUCACAAAACAGGACUGAUGUAGGUGGUAAUACCUGCUUGAGAACCCUUGAUGUUAAAAAAAAAAGAAAGCUUGAUCCGCCUCUCAAGGGAUCACUUGGACACCACCCACCGGAGUGUUAGACUCUUCAAUAUCUAAUUGACCCUUUCAAUAGCUUGUAACUGUAAUCGCUCAUAUUGAAUGCUUCUUCACGGAUUUCAUCCGCAGACCUUCUUUCUAAUCCAUUUGAGUUAAGUCGAAUUUUGAUAAAGAGUAUAUGUUUGUAUAUCUACAUUAUAUCUUUCC